GCCAUCUAUCAGAAAUGGGGAGGGUCUCCUGCUUGGGCGGGGAGUUGUACUAGAUGACCUACAAGGUCCCCUCCAACUCUGUUAACCUGGUUUAAAAGCGGACUCCUCCAAAGCUCCAACGCGAAUCGCUUGAACGCUUUCCUCCUCCUCGCCGGCGCGCUUUUUCGACCUAGCCCCGCCCCGCCGCCGUCACGUCUCUCCCCGCCAAUGUGAGCGCCCACUAGCAGAAUCCCAGGGUCCUCUCUCCCCCAUGUCCUCAUCUCGCUUCCCGAUUGGCCGAGGGUCCGAUGACGUAAGCGCAGGUGACCAAGCAGGCGGGCCGUGCAGCACCUUCCUCCCGGGACUCUUGUUUACGCCUUUUGCCGCGCAGAAAAGGCAACGCUCGGUUGGCGCGUUAAUUGUCCCCGUUAAGCCGGAGCUGCGGGUGCCCCGUGCCACGGUCGUGGGGGAAGCGAUGCCGAAGCGCUCCUACCCGUUCGCGGACUCGUCCCCGGUGCAGCUGAAGACGCGCGUGCGGCUGAAGGAGCUGAGCCAGGGCGUCUUGGGCGAGAGGUACCGGCGCGAGAUCUUCGAGAAAACCAAACAAUUACUCUUCAAAGGGGCUCAAACAUACAUGAACAAUGCUUGCAGUUCAAGUGCAAUGGGAACAUAUCUAAUUGCACAAUAUCCAGAAUCAUGUAUAGAUAAAUCAGAAAUGUGUUCCUGGCACAGUUGUAAUGGACAAAUGUUAAUUGGGCAGGAUGGAAAACUUCGACAACCGUGUGCAAGUGAAAUGGUUGUGCCGGUAGGAGUGUCAAAAGCCUGUUCCUCCUGUAUAAGAACAGUUGACAUCAAAGAUGUUUGCACGCAGUGUGAUCAGUACAUAUGCCAGAACUGCAGCAAACUCUGCAGCUGUUGCAGCACCAUUGUCUGUUCAUUAUGCUCAAUUAUAGAAUCAGAGGAUGUUGGAGAUCAAAUCUUUUGCAGUGGCUGCUCAAUGUACAAAUAAUAAACAGCUGUUUUUAGGAAAUGGUUGUCAUUAGUAUUGUAAAGAAAGUAUUGCUUUUAAAUAAUUAGAUUUUUGAGAUACUGGAGUGCCUUUUUCUAAAUAUUGUAUAUUCUGUAAUUGUAGUUUAAUAUAAUAAAUAUUUUCUAUUUUGAUAA